GUUACCAGUCCACGAAAUUUUAACUAUUUGCGUUUCUUCACGGCGCAGCGAAAGAGAAAAAGUGGCAACACUAUACGAACAUCUGUGUAAAUCAUUUAUUUCACCUCGUUGCCCUCAGGAUGUCUAGAACGCGAAGUGUCAUGAACGUGAUUAGAGUAUUGAGAUUGGGUAUAUUGUGGAUGUUAGUGCACAUACUGAAAAAUUCAGUUUCUGCCAAAAGUAUUCUCUACCCAGAAUCACACUUUCAAAUACAGAACACUCAAUCAACUAUUACGAUGCCAGAAUAUACUACCAGGGAAAGUUUGUUGAGAUCACGACCAGAUGUCAAAAAUCACGAAGGUUUAUUGAGACAGUGUGAAUACUUUCCAACGCCAAGAUUAAGACAAUUGUGUGAGAGAAUUGCUGAAAAUCCUAUUAUUGUGUCAAUGAAAGAAAAAGUUCGUGGACAUCUCAAACAACUGCCGUGGACGACUCAGAUAACAAAGAGCGAUAUACCUCUGGAAGGACAACAAGGGUUAAAAUGUCCGGAUUAUUCACAUCAAACCCCGUACGUACAACCUCACGAUAGAAGUUUAUCCCCUUGGAAAAUGAUGCCAGAUUUUGACGUACAAAGGUAUCCCCAGUGGAUUCCUGUCGCAAGAUGUAUGUGCAAGGGGUGUAUAGACCAACGCUCAGGAAAAGAAAAUAAAGCUUUUGUUUCAAAAGAAAUUAAAGUUAAAGUCAGAUUUCUUCGCAUGAAUUCUACUCAUUCAUCAUUUCGUCAAUGCACCGAUAGUACGUGCUACGCUUCCGACGAGGAUAUUGCGGUUGGUUGUCAUUGUGCAAUUCCAGUUGAGCUUAGUCCCUGAACGACCUUGCAACUGGAAUGAGGAUGUUCGAAGAAUCGUUGUUUCAUUCAGUGGAAGACGAGUGAAAGCGAGGAACAGAAUCUAAUUAAGUAAUGUCGUAAAUUUCUUUGGUGGGCAUUGGUAUCCUCGUAACUAUAUCACGUAUCUUGUUCUUGCCCAGAGGCAAAAUUGCCAUUGUAAGACUGAAGAGCGAUUGGCCAAUUUCCACGACUGGCCACAAGUUACUCCUUCUAAUGCACAAACCAUUUUUGCGAAUGAACUUUUCAUAAGCCCACUGUACGUCCGAUAUUUAUUAUUUAUUUUCUGAUUAUGCGCACAAUAUUCCGCAUUUAUGAAUGCCCUGCAUUUGUGUUUAUGUUAUGUCCAAAAUAAUUUAUUUUUACUUUUGCUUUUUCAUAUUUAUGAUAUUUCUUGACUUUGGUUAUAUAGUUCAGUAAAUUAUUAUUUUUCCAAGUUCGUUGAUUUCAG